ACCACUGGGGGCCGGGAGCGGGGAGCAGUGGCGUGGAGCUGUCCUCGCGCUCGCACCCGGGACCCGGAGCUGCGGGGUUUGAGACCGGCGAGCCGACCGCUGCGGGGACCCGGGCCGAACGGAGCGGCGGGAGCAGGAUGGCAGAGACCGUCGGAUCCGUGGCUCUGAUUGUAGCCCCGGCCCGCCGGCGCUGCCUGUGGUCGGUGCUGGCCGCGAUGCUCGGGCUGUUGACAGCCAGGAUAUCGGCCCUGGAGGUGCACACUCCCAAAGAAAUCUUCGUGGUGAAUGGGACCCAAGGCAAGCUGACGUGCACAUUCGAUUCUCCCAACACAACUGGGUGGCUGACCACGGUCUCCUGGAGCUUCCAGCCAGAUGGCACGGACAGUGCAGUGUCGUUUUUCCACUACUCACAAGGACAAGUGUACAUUGGGGAUUAUCCUCCGUUUAAAGACCGCGUCACCUGGGCUGGGGACCUCGACAAGAAAGAUGCAUCCAUCAAUAUAGAAAAUAUUCAGUCUGUUCACAACGGCACCUACAUCUGUGAUGUCAAAAACCCUCCUGAUAUAGUUGUCCGGCCUGGGCACAUUAGGCUCCACGUGGUGGAAAUAGACAAUUUACUGGUGUUCCUGGUGUGGGUGGUGGUGGGCACCGUCACUGCCGUGGUCCUUGGCCUCACCCUGCUCAUCAGCCUGGUUCUGGUGGUCCUCUACCGGAGGAAGCACGCGAAGCGGAAUUACGCGGGCUGCAGUACAUCAGAGCGUUUGUCACCAGUUAAGCAGGCUCCACGGAAGUACCCCUCCGACACAGAGGGCCUAGUAAAGAGUCCGCCUUCCGCCGGAUCUCACCAGGGCCCAGUCAUAUACGCGCAGUUAGAUCACUCUGGUGGACAUCACAGUGGCAAGAUUAAUAAGUCGGAGUCUGUGGUGUAUGCGGACAUCAGGAAAGACUAAGAGAAGAUCCCAAACUACCUUAAGCAAGAAACAAAUCCAAACUGGACUCUUGUGCAGAAGAUGCCCGUAACCACGUGUGGUCUUGAGGACUCGAGCAAGGACAAGCACAUGUAUACUCAGAGAGAAAAGAAAAUGUAUAUAAAGGAUAUGUAUAUUCUAUUUAAUCUUCCUGAUGUGAGAGGCCAAGGGUUGCAUGAUGAAGAAAUGGUUUGUGUCUACGUAAGUGUAAA